AUGGGGGACCUCCUACCCUUCGACAGGCGCAUCUCUUACCUUGUAAGUAUUGGCCAGUCUUCUCAUGUACUGCGUCAGCUUUGUAGCCUUUUUGAACUAACCAACAUUUGUGUACGAUAUGUUUAACCAAGAUAUUGAGAAUUUCCUAAAUUUUGUAUUGAAAGUUGUGAUUUGAAAAGGUGUUAAUUAUAACAUAAUUUUGGAGAUAUUAGUUGCAAAUGGAAAUGCCUCAUGUCUGCUUCUCUUGAGACUUUUAUAUAUUACCUAUAACUUCAAAUCGUGUUAAAAAGUUAUGCUGCUCACAUGGAAUAUCAUUCCCUGAGUGUUAUGUCCUACAAAUCAUCACAAUUAAAAUAUAAUGGGACGCCAUUGCUCCAUCGUUUGUUUGUUUUUGUUGGGGUUCCACUCUUUAUUGGAAGGCUACAUGCACAUUUUACCACGUGGCUUUAAAGUGACAUCUCAUACGCAGUACAUUGCUGCCCAGUCAUUACCAGUAACAAGGUAGCCAAUAGGAACACUUAAGAGCAGUUGGCUUCCCUUUGUCUUGUCCAUGAGGAGUUCCCCAGAUUCAUUAGGUGGAUCUCUGAGUCAGGUCAUGUGGGAAUUUUAGUAAGAAAUCAUGCAUGACCUCUUAUCAUGUGAUAUCAGCUGUGUAUUUGGCUAAGAACCAAUAAGUAUACCCACUGGGCACAGACGUCAAUUCAACGUCUAUUCCACGUUGGUUCAACUUUAAUUUCAUUGAAAUGACGUUGAAACAACAUUGAUUCAACCAGUGUGUGCCCAGUGGAUAGCUUCACAAACUGUAAUUGGGCUGGGCGUCAGGGUGUGAUAGUCUAGAGGCAGUGGUCUAGGUACUUUGACCCCAUACCUGGCCUAUAAGGAACCUACCUGAGGCUAUAACUAGGAAACUUAAUUCCACAAUGGGAGAGUGAGUCCUCCUCACCGUCUAUAUUGCUGCUAAAAAACAUGUUCUACAUCUCCACUGUUGGUAUUAAUGCUUAACCCACCUUGCAUCAAUUAUUCAUUGCGAAACUUGUUAAGCAACUCUAUUAAGAGCGUAAUUGCUUAAACACAGCCAAUUUCUCGCUUUUCAACAUGAUGUUAGGACGUAAUGCACUGACAUAGAAAUGAGAGAGAGUUCUACCAGUGAGUCUCAUGUUACAUCAUGUGUUACUUAGGAAUCUGAGUGGUGCAAGGACUGCAGCAGACUUUGUAGGUUAUGAUGACGUCAGAACCAGCAUGAAUUCUUAGUAAAUAUUAUGGGACUGACUGACUGACAACAUCCUGACAAAAGAACUUGCUUUUCUACUGAAAGCAUUUCUGAUCAGUUCAGACACAAUCAGCCGUCUGUAUGUCUGAAGGCUAAACUGAGUUGAAACUCUAGUAAAGUGACAUGGUUUGUUUUGGUUUUAGAAAACAUAACAUAUCUGAGAUUGUGUCGCCACCCCCUAAAACAGUGUAACUAUACUAUAGUGCAUACUAUAGGGUUCCCCAUCUGGGUGAUUUUAUUUGGCCCCUAAAGUUUGAGCAAAAAAAAAAUAGUUUUUUUAUUUACAUUUUUUAAAUUGUUGGGCUUAAAAGUCUGUAAAAAGACCAGCAAAUCAGCUCCAAUCAGCUUUUUAAAAAAUCUGUUCCAAAGUAAUCCCACGCAUAACAGAGAGAUAUACUACAUGACCAAAAGUAUGUGAAUUCAUGCUCGUCGAACAUCUCAUUCCAAAAUCAUGGGCAUUAAUAUGGAGUUGGUCCCCCCUUUGCUGCUAUAACAGCCUCCACUCUUCUGGGAAGGAUGUCCACUAAAUGUUGGAACAUAGCUGCGGGGACUUGCUUCCAUUCAGCCACAAGAGCAUUAGUGAGGUCGGGCACUGAUGUUGGGCGAUGAGGCCUGGCUCGCAGUCGGUGUUCCAAUUCAUCCCAAAGGUGUUCGAUGGGGUUGAGGGGUUGAAGUUCUUCCACACCAAUCUCGACAAACCAUUUCUGUAUGGACCUCGCUUUGUGCACGGGGGCAUUGUCAUGCUGAAACAGGAAAGGGCCUUCCCCAAACUGUUGGAAGCACAGAAUCGUCUAGAAUGUGAUUCACUGUAUGCUGUAGUGUUAAGAUCUCCCUUCACUGGAACUAAGGGGCCUAGCCCUAACCAUGAAAAACAGUCCCAGACCAUUAUUCCUCCACCACCAAACUUUACAGUUGGCACUAUGCAUUGGGGCAGGUAGCGUUCUCCUGUCAUCCGCCAAACCCAGAUUUGUCUGUCGGACUGCCAGAUGAUGAAGCGUGAUUCAUCACUCCAAAGAACGCAUUUCCACUGCUCCAGAGUCCAAUGGCGGUGAGCUUCUCAUCACUCCAGCCGACACUUGGCAUUGCACAUGGUGAUCAUAGGCUUGUGGCCAUGGAAACCCAUUUCAUGACGCUCCCGAUGAACAGUUAUUUUGCUGACGUUGCUCCCAGAGGCAGUUUGGAACUUGGUAGUGAGUAUUGCAACCGAGGACAAACAAUUUUUACACGCUUCAGCACUCGGCGGUCCCGUUCUCUGAGCUUGUGUAGCCUACCACUUCACAUCUGAACCGUUGUUGCUGCUAGACCUUUCCACUUCACAAUAACAUCAAUUACAGUUGACCGGGGCAGCUCUUGCAGGGCAGACAUUUCUCAAAAUGAUUUGUUGGAAAGGUGACAUCCUGUGACGGUGCCACAUUGAAAGUCACUGAGCUCUUCGGUAAGGCCAUUGUACUGCCAAUGUUUGUCUAUGGAGAUUGCAUGGCGGUGUGCUUGAUUUUAUACAACUGUCUGAAAUAGCCGAAUCCACUAAUUUGAAGGGGUGUCCACAUACUUUUGUGUAUAUAGUGUAUAUGUGAUCGUAUACAAAUGUAAGCAAGGUUUGAAAUUAUUAUGUUGUAGUGAAAUAUUAUAUCUGUUUGGGCUUCUUGCAGUCAAUUUUCUAUCUACAAAUUAUUUGUAAUUAUGUUCCGGCCCCCUGACCACCUGCUCAAGAAAAGAAUCGGCCCGCGGCUGAAUCUAUAUUGAGCAAAAAUAUAAACGCAACAUGCAACAAUUUCAGCGAUUUUACUGAGUUACAGCUCAUAAGGAUAUCAGUCAAUUGAAAUAAAUUCAUUAGGGACUAAUCUAUGGAUUUCACAUGACUGGGCAGGGGUCCAGCCAUGGGUGGGACUGGGCAGGGGUCCAGCCAUGGGUGGGCCCACUUGAGAGCCAGGCCCACCCACUUGGGAGCCAGGCCCACCCACUGGGGAGCCAGACCCAGCAAAUCAGAAUGAACAUAAAUACUCCUCAGUUUAAUCAGCUGUCCGGGUGGCUAGUCUCAGACGAUCCCGCAGGUGACGAAGCCUGAUGUGGCGGUCCUGGGCUGGCGUGGCUAAACGUGGUCUGCGGUUGUAAGGCCGGUUGGACGUACUGCCAAAUUCUCUAAAACGAUGUUGGAGGCGGCUUAUGGUAGAGAAAUGAACAAUACAUUCUCUGGCAACAGCUCUGGUGGACAUUCCUGCAGUCAGCAUGCCAAUUGCACGCUCCCUCAAAACUUGAGACAUCUGUGCCAUUGUGUUGAGUAACAAAACUGCACAUUUAAGAGUGGCCUUUUACUGUCCCCAGCACAAAGUGCACCUGUGUAAGGAUCAUGCUGUUUAAUCAGCUUCUUGAUAUGCCAGACCUGUCAGGUGGAUGUAUUAUCAUGGCAAAGGAGAAAAGCUCACUAACAGAGAUGUAAACAAAUGUGUGCGCCAAAUUUGAGAGAAAUAAGCUUUUUGUGCGUAUUUAACAUUUCUGGGAUCUUUUAUUUCAGCUCAUGAAACAUGGGACCAACAAAUGUUUUGUUUAUAUAUUUUUUCAGUGUAGUUGAUGAUCCCUGUUAUAGUGCUUUCAGUGAAGGCUGGAGCUGUGCCAGGCUUAUGAUUUUUUCUGUUUGCAGAUGUUUCGAACCGGGGUUAUCAAUAUGAUUUUGGCAGUAGGUAGCCUAGCAGUUAACCGAAAGGUUGCUGGGUCGAAUCCCUGAGCCAACUAGGUGAAAAUCUGUCAAUUUGCCCUUGAGCAAGGAACUUAACCCUUAUCUGGAUAAGAGUGUCUGCUAAAUGACUGAAAUGUAAAAACUAAACAAAUAAAUGUAAGAAGACCCUGUUAGCCCAUUGAGCUAAAGCCAUAUUUUUUAUUGAUCUUAUUGGACCUCAGUGAUUCAUGUAGAAAAUGUAGGAUGGAAAUCAUACUGCAACUUCCAUGGUCACUUUUAAGUAAAGGUUUUAAUUAAUUAUCCUUGAAAAUAUGUGUAUGUGACCUUGUGCUUCAUGUAGUAUGAAGUAUGACACCUUAUUGUAGCUGAAUAAUAUGUGACCUUUUGCUUAAAAGCAGGAAGUACUGUAUAAAAUAUGAUAAACUGUUUUACACCAUUAUUCCAAAAACACUAUUAAACUAAAAGCUCAAUAAUAGUAGUCAUUGAAGGCUGUUUUUGUUCACAAUGUCUAUAGAAAAUCUUAAGGUAUUGUUUUGAAUAUGCCAAGAAUCUAGGUUCCUUUAGUUUCUUUGGUGCCACUGAAGCUGUCAUUACAAUCCCCUAUCUAAUCUCAGCAACAACAAAAAAACGUCCUCUCACUGUCAACUGCGUUUAUUUUCAGCAAACCUAACAUGUGUAAAUAUUUGUAUGAACAUAACAAGAUUCAACAACUGAGAAAUAAACUGAACAAGUUCCACAGACAUGUGACUAACAGAAAUUGAAUAAUGUGUCCCUGAACAAAGGGGGGGUCAAAAUCAAAAGUAACAGUCAGUAUCUGGUGUGGCCACCAGCUGCAUUAAGUACUGCAGUGCAUCUCCUCCUCAUUGACUGCACCAGAUUUGCCAGUUCUUGCUGUGAGAUGUUACCCCACUCUUCCACCAAGGCACCUGCAAGUUCCUGGAUAUUUCUGGGGGGAAUGGCCCUAGCCCUCACCCUCCGAUCCAACAAGUCCCAGACGUGCUCAAUGGGAUUGAGAUCCAGGCUCUUCACUGGCCAUGGCAGAACACUGACAUUCCUGUCUUGCAGGAAAUCACGCACAGAACGAGCAGUAUGGCUUGUGGCAUUGUCAUGCUGGAGGGUCAUGUCAGGAUGAGCCUGCAGGAAGGGUACCACAUGAGGGAGGAUGUCUUCCCUGUAAUGUACAGCGUUGAGAUUGCCUGAAAUGACAAGAAGCUCAGUCCGAUGAUGCUGUGACACACUGCCCCAGACCAUGACGGACCCUCCACCUCCAAAUCGAUCCCGCUCCAGAGUACAGGCCUCGGUGUAACGCUCAUUCCUUCGACGAGAAACGCGAAUCCGACCAUCACCCCUGGUGAGACAAAACCACGACUCGUCAGUGAAGAACACUUUUUGGCAGUCCUGUCUGGUCCAGCGACGGUGGGUUUGUGCCCAUAGGAGACGUUGUUGCCAGUGAUGUCUGGUGAGGACCUGCCUUAAAACAGGCCUACAAGCCCUCAGUCCAGCCUCUCUCAGCCUAUUGCGGACAGUCUGAGCACUGAUGGAGGGAUUGUGCGUUCCUGGUGUAACUCGGCAGUUGUUGUUGCCAUCCUGUACCUGUCCUGCAGGUGUGAUGUUCAGAUGUACCGAUCCUGUGCAGGUGUUGUUAAACGUGGUCUGCCACUGUGAGGACGAUCAGCUGUCCGUCCUGUCUCCCUGUAGCACUGUCUUAGGCGUCUCACAGUACGGACAUUGCAAUUUAUUGCCCUGGCCACAUCUGCAGUCCUCAUGCCUCCUUGCAGCAUGCCUAAGGCACAUUCACAUAGAUGAGCAGGGACCCUGGUCAUCUUUCUUUUGGUGUUUUUCAGAGUCAGUAGAAAGGCCUCUUUAGUGUUCUAAGUUUUCAUAACUGUGACCUUAAUUACAUUUACGUCAUUUAGCAGACGCUCUUAUCCAAAGCGACUUACAGUUAGUGAGUGCUUACAUAUAUAUAUAUAUUUUCAUACUGGCCCCCUGUGGUAAUCGAACCCACAACCCUGGCGUUGCAAACGCCAUGCUCUACCAACUGCCUCCCCUACCCUGGGCCAAUUGUGCCGGGUCUCCCGGUCGUGGCCUGCUACGACAGAGCCUGGAUUCAAACCAGGAUCUCUAGUGGCACAGCUAGCACUGCGAUGCAGUGCCUUAGACCACUGCGCCACUCGGGAGUUAAUUGCCUACCGUCUGUUAGUGUCUUAACGACUGUUCCACAGGUGCAUGUUCAUUAAUUGUUUAUGGUUCAUUGAACAAGCAUGGGAAACAGUGUUUAAACCCUUUACAAUGAAGAUCUGUGAAGUUAUUUUGAUUUUUACAAAUGAUCUUUGAAAGACAGGGUCCUGAAAAAGGGACGUUUCUUUUUUUGCGGAGUUUAUUACCUCCUCAUCAGAUUGGAAAUAACCAAUCAUGUGUUUCCCCUCAUUCUAGAUAAAUGGUUGCUGUGUGUGCAGGUUGUGAACUUCCCAGAUAUCAGAAAGUCAAUGAAUAGUCAACCAACCCGAAAAUAGGUGCAGUCAUAAAUAUUGAUCAGCAUGCAGAAUCCUGUUUAGUUCAGAUUGGGAAGAUGGCUGUCUCUCUUCCACUUUGUUAGUUAAUAAUAUUAAUGCUGUGUAGAGGUUUUGGAAAAUGAGCAUCAGCUUUUCUUUGUUUUCGGUAUUUGUUUCUAAAAUUAGUCAAGCCGCAGUGUGAAGCCUUUGUGGAGAACAGGAGUCAUGAAAUGUUCCAUUCAACGGCUUCCUGAAUAGGGAGGAAUAUUCAUCACCCAACAUACCUAGCUCAAGUGUGGUUAAUGGCUUUAUUCUGGGCUGUCAGUCUCACUUUGUGUUUACCUUGCUCAUUUCCGCUCAUUGUACUUCACUGAAUGAUGGCUAACGCUUUCUCUUUUUUAUCGGGAAUGGACCACUGAAGGAAAUGCACAUUGUGGCAACUCUUUCAUAUAUAGCUGUUACAGUUUUACAGUAUAUGAUGAAUUUAAGUAUUAUUUAAUCGAACUGAAUGGAAAUCCAUUCUAUUUUAUGUUAUUAACUAUUAGAACUUGUUAGUAACAGGAGUUAGCAUCCAUACUCACACAUGUAGAGGUUUAUGGCUAUGUGUCUCAUAACAUAUGGCUAUAUACAGUAAGGUUCUUCCAUCAUCUGGGGUGUGGUUUAGUGGCAGGGCAGCACAUCUCACCUGUAAUUGGACAGAAAACACCACUGAAUUGCAUAAUGAUUUCACAUACCAUGUUUAAGAAGAGAUUGAACUCAGGGUUAGUAUGACUCACAACAUCCCCAUUUAAUGACAUAUUCAAUCUGUUCAACACCAGGCGCUCCCUUUAGUGUGCAAGAAUGCACAGUAAGAGUGACACGUUGACAGGAUGUCUUUCAAGCUGUUCAGGGGAAAGUGACUGAUCCAUUUCAUAGAAUGCUCUUCAUUUGUUUAUAUACAUACAAUCAUAAUCCUUCAGAUAAUCAUGGAACUCAAAUCUUGUUGUAAUUUGUCAUAUAUAUAUAUACAUACACAGUGCCUUCAGAAAAGUAUUCAGACCCCUUGACUUUUUCCACAUUUUGGCUUAUUCUAUAAUCGAUUAAAUUGAUUGUUUUGCUCAUCAAUCUACACACAAGCCUCAAGUCUUCUUGGUUAUGACGCUACAAGCUUGGCACACCUGUAUUUGGGGAGUUUCUCCCAUUCUUCUCUGCAGAUUCUCACAAGCUCUGUCAGGAUGGAUGGGGAGCGUUGCUGCACAGCUAUUUUCAGGUCUCUCCAGAGAUGUUCUAUCGGAUUCAAGUCCGGGCUCUGGCUGGGCCACUCAAGGACAUUCAGAGACUUAACCUGAAGCCACUCCAGUGUUGUCUUGGCUGUGUGCUUAGGGUCGUUGUCCUGUUGGAAGGUGAACCUUCGCCCCAGUCUGAGGUCCUGAGCACUCCGGAGCAGUUUUUCAUCAAGGAUCUCUCUGUACUUUGCUCCAUUCAUCUUUGCCUCUAUCCUUUCUAGUCUCCCAGUCCCUGCCGUUGAAAAACACCCCCACAGCAUGAUGCUAACACCACCAUGCUUCACCGUAGGGAUGGUGCCAGGUUUCCUCCAGACGUGACGCUUGGCAUUCAGGCCAAAGAGUUUAAUCUUGGUUUUUAUCAGACAAGAGAAUCUUGUUUCUCAUGGUCUGAGAGUCUUUAAGUGGGCUGUCAUGUACCUUUUACUGAGGAGUGGCUUCCGUCUGGCCGCUCUACCAUAAUGGCCUGAUUGGUGGAGUGCUGCAGAUAUGGUUGUCCUUCUGGAAGGUUCUCCCAUCUUUACAGAGGAACUCUAGAACUCUGUCAGAGUGACUAUCGGGUUCUUGGUCACCUCCCUGACCAAGGCCCUUUUCCCCUGAUUGCUCAGUUUGGCCGGGCGGCCAGCUCUAGGAAGAGUCUUGGUGGUUCCAAACUUCUUCCAUUUAAGAAUGAUGGAGGCUACUGUGUUCUUGGGGACCUUCAAUGCUGCAGAAUAUUUUUGGUACCCUUCCACAGAUCUGUGCCUCGACACAAUCCUGCCUCGGAGCUCUACAGACAAUUCCUUCGACCUCAUGGCUUGGUUUUUGCUCUGACAUGCACUGUCAACUGUGGGACCUUCUAUAGACAGAUGUGUGCCUUUCCAAAUCAUGUCCAAUCAAUUGAAUUUACCACAGGUGGACUCCAAUCAAGUUGUAGAAACAUCUCAAGGAUGAUAAAUGGAAACAGGAUGCACCUGAGCUCAAUUUCAAAUCUCAUAGGAAAGGGUUUGAAUACUUAUGUAAAUAAUUUAUUUCAGUUUUUUAUUUUUAAAUACAUUAGCAAAAAUGUCUAAAAACCUGUUUUCGCUUUGUCAUUAUGGGGUAUUGUGUGUAGAUUGAUGAGGAUAAAAAAAAAAGGUCUCUAACGUAAACAAAAUGUGGAAAAAGUCAAUGGGUCUGAAUACUUUCCAAAGGCAUAUAUAUAUACACUACCGGUCAAACGUUUUAGAACACCUACUCAUUCAAGGGUUUUUCUUUAUUUGUACUAUUUUCUACAAUGUAGAAUAAUAGUGAAGACAUCAAAACUAUGAAAUAACACAUAUGGAAUCAUGUAGUAACCAAAAAAGUGUUAAAUAAAUCAAAAUAUAUUUUAUAUUUGAGAUUCUUUAAGUAACCACCCUCUUUUCCUUGAUGAAAGCUUUGCACACUCUUGGCAUUCUCUCAACCAGCUUCAUGAGAUAGUCACCUGGAAGGUAUUUCAAUUAACAGGUGUGCCUUCUUAAAUGUUAAUUUGUGGAAUUUCUUUCCUUCUUAAUUAGUUUGAUCCAAUCAGUUGUGUUGUGAAAAGGUAGGGGGGUAUACAGAAGAUAGCCCUAUUUGGUAAAAGACCAAGUCCAUAUUAUGGCAAAAACAGCUCAAAUAAGCAAAGAGAAAUGACAGUCCAUCAUUACUUUAAGACAUGAAGGUCAGGCAAUACGGAAAAUGUGAAGAACUUUGAAAGUUUCUUCAAGUACAGUUGCAAAAACCAUCAAGCGCUAUGAUGAAACUGGCUCUCAUGAGGACCGCCACAGGAAUGGAAGACCCAGAGUUACCUCUGCUGCAGGGGAUAAGUUCAUUAGACUUACCAGCCUCAGAAAUUGCAGCCCAAAUAAAUGCUUCACAGAGUUCAAGUAACAGACACAUCUCAACAUCAGCUGUUCAGAGGAGACUGUGUGAAUCAGGCCUUCAUGGUCGAAUUGCUGCAAAGAAACCACUACUAAAGGACACCAAUAAUAAGAAGAGACUUGCUUGGGCCAAUAAACACAAGCAAUGGACAUUAGACCGGUGGAAAUUUGUUCUUUGGUCUGGAGUCCAAAUUGGAGAUUUUUGGUUCCAACCGCCGUGUCUUUGUGAGACGCUGUGUGACUGAACGGAUGAUCUCCGCAUGUAUAUUUCCCACCGUAAAGCAUGGAGGAGGAGGUGUUACGGUGUGGGGGUGCUUUACUGGUGACACUGUCUGUGAUUUAUUUAGAAUACAAUUCACACUUAACCAGCAUGGCUACCACAGCAUUCUGCAGCAAUACGCCAUCCCAUCUGGUUUGGGCUUAGUGGGACUAUCAUUUGUUUUUCAACCGGACAUUGACCCAACACACCUCUAGGCUGUGUAAGGGCUAUUUUACCAAGAAGGAGAGUGAUGGAGUGCUGUAUCAGAUUACCUGGCCUCCACAAUCCCCCAACCUCAACCAAGUUGAGAUGGUUUGGGUUGAGUCGGACGGCAGAGUGAAGGAAAAGCAGCCAACAAGUGCUCAGCAAAUGUGGGAACUCCUUCAAGACUGUUGGAAAAGCAUUCCAGGUGAAGCUGGUUGAGAGAAUGCCAAGAGUGUGCAAAGCUGUCAUCAAGGCAAAGGGUGGCUAUUUGAAUAAAACAUAUAUUUUGAUUUGUUUAACACUUUUUUGGUUACUACAUGAUUCCAUAUGUGGUAUUUCAUAGUUUUGAUGUCUUCACUAUUAUUCUACAAUGUAGAAAAUAGUAAAAAUAAAGAAAAACCCUUGAAUGAGUAGGGUGUUCUAAAACCUUUGACCGGUAGUGUAUAUAUAUAUAUAUAUAUAUAUAUAUAUAUAUAUAUAUAUAUAUAUAUAUAUAUAUAUAUAUGUAUAUAUAUAUAUAGGAUAUGUAUUGCUGAAACCCUCAUGUUAAAUACCAAUGGUAUUCACUUAGUGGAUGGUUUAUAUUUAGGAGAAUAUUUUACACCUUUGUCAUAUUAUUUAAUUUAUCAUCUUAUUUAAUGAUUUCAUAUAUGUUACAUGUGAUAAGGCCAGAGAGAGGGCCAGAGAUAAUUAGAGACACCUGUCGUAAUCUGAAGUACCCAAAAGGGCCACUAGAUGUCUUGUGAUAGAUUACAUAAAAUACUUGAAAGAUACUAACAUUUUGGUAGUUUACUGGUAAUCUUAGAAAGUUUCCAGUAAUACACCCUGCCUUUGCAACCUUAUCCAAGACGCUAAACAUUUCAACGAGAGAUGCUUUAUGAGUGGUGGGAUAAAGUGAGAGUCUAGUCCACAUGUCUGUAGUUUUCAAUGUGAGGACCGUGCCCUUAUAGACGGUGGGACCAUGGCAUGUACUGCAGAAGAGGCUGGUGGGAGGAGCUGUAGGAGGACGGGCUCAUUGUAAUGGCUGGAAUGGAAUAAAUGGAAUGGGGUCAAACGUGUGGUUUCAGUUAGGGGUGAUGUCUUGCCAUCACAGGAGGUUGGUGGCACCUUUAUCGGGGAGGACGGGCAUCAUGGUAAAGCCUGCGGCGGAAUCAGUGGAAUGGUAUCAAAUACAUCAAACACAUGGUUUCCAGGUGUUUGGUGCCAUUCCAUUUGCUCCGUUCCAGCCAUUAUUAUGAGCCGUCCUCCCCUCAGCAGCCUCCACAGCUCACUUCUCUUUUCAUCUUAAUCAGAGUGCGUUGUAAACAAAUACACUGCCAUGUUGUGGACAGAUGCUACAGCCUGUUAUGUAAAUAUAUGUAAAACUGCAAGGGAGAAAGUAAACCAUUAAGUGGUUGCCAAGUUACCUACCAGACAUAUUAAAAAAGAACCGCUGGAAUCUUGGAAAGGGUUUUACAGACUGCUUUAUUUCACUUUCUCACUGUAUCCCAACCCUGGACUGACACCUGCUCAAGCCUCAACCAUUAUCACAUGAACUAGUAAGGACCUAUAAGCAGUAUGAGGCAGUAGCUUUAUUAACUUUGAGCUUUACAUCUGAGUUUCGUUUGUUAAAAUAAUAGAACUGAACAGAAUAGAAUAUAUAUAUUUUUCCUUUCUCCACCACUUUCUCAUAUCAGCAAAACUGUUCGACAAUCUUCACAAUAUAUCACGUGUAUUCACACGAUGAGAUGUAAUGCUGAUGAACCGGAUUGUUUGGUCAGACUUAUAGUCCCACUUACUCUGUGAUCAAUCCCACGUUGUGUAAAAGUGUGAUAACGUGCUGUGAUGUAUUACUGGGUGUUGAUGCCUCCCAGCUGUGGAUAAUUAACACCAAACGUGUGUGUGUGUGUGUGUGUGUGUGUGUGUGUGUUUGGCCUUUAUUGGUUGGCAUACAGAGAAGGGAGAUUAAACACAUUCUCUGGCUACAGCAGAGAUCUUGGCUCCAGUGGACAGAACAUGGAGAGAAUCGCAACAGAGCCAAUCUUUUGUUUGUUGAUGAGGGAAGGAAGGGCUACACAGGAUCAGUCACCUGUGUAGCCGACGGAGGGUAGGACUGGGGAAAAUGACUCGACGAUUCAACACCCUACAAAGGGAGGAACCCUCACAAUGAGCUCACUGAGGUAAACACUGUCAUGUCAGGAGGCCAUCAAGCCUGAGAACCUGGUUGAUACUGGUAGAAUAGAUAGAUCUCCCUUAGAUCUCCUGUUAGAUCUCCCAACUAUGCCUGUUUGUUGAUUUCCUCGCCAGAAUUAAUUAGUUUGUUAUUCUGUUCUGUUAUAUUUGUACUCUCCCCAGAACCUCUGAUUGUUAGACAAUGCCAUAGAGGUGGAGCACGCCUGAGCAGAGCUGUUCGAUUUACAUGUCGGUCCGUGGUUCAGUGUCAGAUGCUUGAUAUUAACUCAGUUAAGUAGUUAGACUUGGUGAAGUAAAGAUAUUUCUUUCCCCAACAAGAGAGAGUAAACUACCGUACAGUAGUGAAGACGAAAGCCUGAUAAUGAGCCUGUAAGCCUAUUUGGCGCAUGGCUGAUAUGAGAUCAAAGGAAGUCUAAUCUGAUGGCUGGAUUUAUUAAAGAGAUGCUCCGAGGUCAGGGUUUUCAGCUCUUGAGUUAGACUGGUAGAUCACAACAGGGGUUCAUCCCUAUUAACUAACUCAGCAGAGUCCUUUUUCAUAAAAGAUCAUUAACUGUUCAUUUUGUUAGUCUUGGAUUUGCAGUAUAAAAGUAAGUCUGUUUGUUUCCUCAAGCCUGAAAUGUUAGUCAGAUUGUAUUGUGUGGAAUGACUUCGAUGCAUGAUGGUGACCGGAUGAGUAUUGAACUCUCACCAUGUCAUAGCUCUUGGAUACUGUACGGAUGAAAAUGAAUGUAUUUACACUGAACACCGCCUCAACAUUAGACAGAGAGAGUCUACCUCUCCAACCAGAGCUGGGAGAAGCAGUAAUGAGGCUUGAAAACACAGGGCUCAAUGUCUUGACAUUCCUAAGCAUGGAUGGUGCUCUGACAAGCUCUCUCACAGCGGGAGUUUCAUCCCAUCCAGCUGUGUUAUUCACCAACUUCUCCAGUCAGAGAGGAAAUUACAACAACUGGGCUUUUUUAUUGAUGGCCUGUUGAAACCAUGGACUGUGACCUCAUUAUAGACCAGGGGAGAUGACGGGAGAGCGACGUAUUUGGUAAUGGCUGAGUAAAUGGGUUCCACUUAACAGAACGGGCUAAUGAAAUAUAGUCUCUUUACACUGUUAUGCCUAUGUUGCUACCUACAAGCUUCUCAUUUAGGAGGUCUGGAGAUAAUGUGUUUACAAUUCUAGUUUUGCUCUUGUGUCUCACUUGUAAAGGUUUGUUCAGUUUGUGGAAAGUACAUGAGUCUGUUUCCUUGGAUUGAGAACAUCACAUCAUCUAACUCAUCUGCUUUUAAAGUGGUUGGCAUGACUCCGUUUUUACAUUCUCUUCCAGAAAUUCCCCUUGUUGGGGGAAAAAGAGCCAUCCGUCGUCAGGGAGAGUAGAUCAUUCACAUGAACUCUGGUUCAUACUUACGCUUCCAGAGUUGAAAGAAAGAAAGCAGAAUUUGAACGUUACUUAAAUGAUUUGAUGUACAAUAGAAACUGAGCAAGAGCUGAACACACAAACCAACUGUCUUCUUGACUCUCUGGAGGAUCUCCUCUUUUUAGUUAUGGGAAAUGUCAGAUGCUUGAGUCUUUCAGCUGUCAAGGUCAGGCAGAAAUAUCUGUUGCUUUACAAAUGCAUGACGUGUCAGUUACCUCCACGGUAACAGUACUGAUAGAUGUCUCUGGUGUGUGUGUGCACACGCGUGUGCGUCCCUCUCUGACGUGUGUGUCCUGUCUCCUCACCACAGGGUGACUUCAUGUGGAACAGCAUGUCAGGACGGAGCGUUCGCCUGAAGCCGGUGCCCCUCCAGAGCCUCUCAGAGCUGGAGAGAGUCCGCCUGCAGGAAGUGGCCUUCAGCAGGCUGCUGCAGGACUACAACCUGGGCUGCCAGAUCACGAUCCCCAAAGGUACUCUACCAUUCAGGCUUGGAGGCCAUCUAACAUCCACUAUCUCCUGAUCUCUCUCUCUCCAUUCAACCUCCCAUUCAACGAGCAAAAGCUACUUGGAAAACAUUCUUGUCACAACAAGUCUGAAUGUUACACAACAGAUAUUGACACCAAAACAGAAUGUAAUAUAUCAUUUCUAGGUUAUUCUGUGUAUUUAGCGUUUGCAUGGAUGGCAAUUUGUAACACCAUGUUUUUAACUGUGUAUAGAAGAUAGUAGCUUAAAGGUAUGUAGCUAGAGGAGGUAUUUUUUUCAACUGUCUUGGCCGUGGUGUGAGGUUGUCUGUCUUCACCUCAUGGUCUGUUUCUGGUCAGCCAGGCUCUGUCUUGGAUCACAUUUCCUCAUGUGCUCCUGGCUUAACUAUCUCAGGCUAACAUGGGACAGACGCCCUAUAGACGUGCACUGCCGUCAACAAUCCCUCGCAAUAACUCCAGCAUGAAACCUUUAGAAAAUACUAGCGUGAAAAGUAAACAGUCAACUGUAGGAAAAACACAUUGAAUGUCGUCUGAAAUAGUAGCAGACUUUAAAACCACCCUGUCUACAUAUGGAUUGAGUUAGGAAAGACAGGACACAGUAUAGCCAGUCAUGUUUUUGUGUGGAAAGUCACAUAUGACUUUAAUGGUGCUAUUGAAAACUACGAUUAGGAUUCACAUUCCACAAUUUUUAAAUAUUACAGGAUUUAUGCUUGGGUUUGUUAUAAGGAUAUUUUGAGGCCUCUCUUUCAGAUUUUGAUGAGAACAUUGGUGUAUGGAAAUGCAAUAUUGAGUCAUGAAGUUACAUGUUACAAGUAUGGUAGAAUGUAGUACAAUGUGGUAGAAUGUAGUACAAUGUGGUAGAAUGUAGUACAAUGUGGUAGAAUGUUAUGAAGUGUAAAAUCUGUGUUAUUUUCUUAGAUGGUCAAAAGCGUAAGAAGUCCCUCAGGAGGAAGUUGGAUUCACUGGCCAAAGAGAAGAGUAAAGACAAAGGUACUGUGGAACCUAGUUACAUGAAUUAUCUAUGUUCAUUUUAUGUAGUAAUAUGACUCAAGUAGGGCUGCACGAAAUGGGCAAAACAUUUCAUUGCAAUCUUUAUUUAAUUUUUUAACCAAAUAUUGCUUUUGCAAUUUGACUUGCGAUAUAGAUGAAAACACUUGGCCGAACUGUUGGAAUCAUAGAAAUAGAAUGAUAUUUUAUAUUAAGAAGCAAAGUGGAAAGCAGCAUCGUUGUUUUUGAAACAAUGUGUUGACUGCGUUUGACCUAACAGAAUAGCCUGCAAAUGUGUAGUGGAUCUAACAGCAGGGAGGAACUGUACUGCUUGGUGUGUGUGGGAAGCAGCCGCUAGAGAAGAGAGGUAGAGGGACAACAAACGAGUAAACUAUAGAAACGGACAUUACACGCGGCUGAGUGGCGUUUCAAAAUAUUGCAUGUGACAUGGCUCUCUUGCGACAUGGAUAUUGCACAUGUCAAAAGUGCGAUUCGGAUGUGAAUUCGAUUUUAAUUGUGCAGCUCUAGUCUCAAGAUACCCUCGGAACACAGGAGGUCGACGGCACCUUAAAUGGGGCGGACGGGCUCAUGGUAAUGGCUGGAGCGGAAUGGGGUGGAAUGGUAUCUAACACAUGGUUUCCAGGUGUUUGAUUCCAUUCCAUUUGCGCCGUUCCAGCCAUUAUUAUGAGCCAUCCUCCCCUCAGCAGCCUCCACUGCCUCGGAAAGUAUAUAUAAAAGGUGAGACGGUUACACUUUGCCAUACUAUACAAUGACAAUAUUGGGGGAUUCUCAAAUUCUCUCCAUCACUACACCAUAUUGAGAAAAGUGUCUUACAUGCAGUCAGUGAUAAUAUUGAUGUUAAUUUUUUCAGUGUAGAUAAACAUGUCUCUUUUUAGUUGGAGGCUGUGGGAUAGACACUGAGUCCUGUAGACCUUUGUUCAUGUCCAGCUGGGUUCUGUUUUCUCACACACUGGCCUGGCCAUCCGUUGACUCUUUGAUCCGUUUCACUGGAGCUAUGUGGAGCUCCCUGGAGCAGGCGUUCUCAGCUGUUUCUACCCGCCGAGCUCUGACGGGGGAAAUAUACAGUAGAAGCCUCCUCCUGAAAGGGCCGGGGCUGCUUCAACAACUCCACCACAGGAGGUUGGUGGCACCUUAAUUAGGGAGGACGGGCUCGUGGUAAUGACUGGAACGGAAUCAGUGGAAUGGUAUCAAAUACACCAAACACAUGGUUUCCAGGUGAUUGAUUCCAUUCCAUUUGCGCCGUCCCGGCCAUUAUUAUGAGCCGUUCUCCCCUCAGCAGCCUCCACUGAACUGAACUGCACUGCCAACUGCUGCCCAGCCCUCUGCAACAAUGUUCACAGGAAUGUGAGUUCUCUCUGUCGCCUGGGCGGUGAAGGAAAGAACAUAAACAAUCUUGAGAGGUGUCUGUCAUCCCAGACUGACCUCAGUCAUCCCAGACUAUUCUCAGUCAUCCCAGCCUAUCCUCAGUCAUCCCAGCCUAACCUCUGUCAUCCCAGACUGACCUCUGUCAUCCCAGCCUAACCUCAGUCAUCCCAGACUGACCUCAGUCAUCCCAGACUGACCUCAGUCAUCCCAGACUAACCUCAGUCAUCCCAGACUGACCUCAGUCAUCCCAGACUAACAUCAGUCAUCCCAGACUAACCUCAGUCAUCCCAGCCUAUCCCACCCCUGCUCUCUUUUCAUUUUCUAUCCUUGUUUAAAGAGACAAAUCCCCUGACUGGGGAUAGUGUAUACAGUGGGGAAAAAAAGUAUUUACUCAGCCACCAAUUGUGCAAGUUCUCCCACUUAAAAAGAUGAGAGAGGCCUGUAAUUUACAUCAUAGGUACACGUCAACUAUGACAGACAAAUUGAGGAAAAAAAAUCCAGAAAAUCACAUUGUAGGAUUUUUUAUGAAAUUUAUUUUCAAAUUAGGUUGGAAAAUAAGUAUUUGGUCACCUACAAACAAGCAAGAUUUCUGGCUCUCACAGACCUGUAACUUCUUCUUUAAGGGGCUCAUCUGUCCUCCACUCGUUACCUGUAUUAAUGGCAUCUGAUUGAACUUGUUAUCAGUAUAAAAGACACCUGUCCACAACCUCAAACAGUCACACUCCAAACUCCACUAUGGCCAAGACCAAAGAGCUGUCAAAGGACACCAGAAACAAAAUUGUAGACCUGCACCAGGCUGGGAAGACUGAAUCUGCAAUAGGUAAGCAGCUUGGUUUGAAGAAAUCAACUGUGGGAGCAAUUAUUAGGAAAUGGAAGACAUACAAGACCACUGAUAAUCUCCCUCGAUCUGGGGCUCCACGCAAGAUCUCACCCCGUGGGGUCAAAAUGAUCACAAGAACGGUGAGCAAAAAUCCCAGAACCACACGGGGGGACCUAGUGAAUGACCUGCAGAGAGCUGGGACCGAAGUAACAAAGCCUACCAUCAGUAACACACUACGCCGCCAGGGACUCAAAUCCUGUAGUGCCAGACGUGUCCCCCUGCUUAAGCCAGUACAUGUCCAGGCCUGUCUGAAGUUUGCUAGAGUGCAUUUGGAUGAUCCAGAAGAGGAUUGGGAGAAUGUCAUAUGGUCAGAUGAAACCAAAAUAUAACCUUUUGGUAAAAACUCAACUCGUCGUGUUUGGAGGACAAAGAAUGCUGAGUUGCAUCCAAAGAACACCAUACCUACUGUGAAGCAUGGGGGUGGAAACAUCAUGCUUUGGGGCUGUUUUUCUGCAAAGGGACCAGGGCGACUGAUCCGUGUAAAGGAAAGAAUGAAUGGGGCCAUGUAUCGUGAGAUUUUGAGUGAAAACCUCCUUCCAUCAGCAAGGGCAUUGAAGAUGAAACGUGGCUGGGUCUUUCAGCAUGACAAUGAUCCCAAACACACUGCCCGGGCAACAAAGGAGUGGCUUCGUAAGAAGCAUUUCAAGGUCCUGGAGUGGCCUAGCCAGUCUCCAGAUCUCAACCCCAUAGAAAAUCUUUGGAGGGAGUUGAAAGUCCGUGUUGCCCAGCGACAGCCCCAAAACAUCACUGCUCUAGAGGAUAUCUGCAUGGAGGAAUGGGCCAAAAUACCAGCAACAGUGUGUGAAAACCUUGUGAAGACUUACAGAAAACGUUUGACCUGUGUCAUUGCCAACAAAGGGUAUACAACAAAGUAUUGAGAAACUUUUGUUAUUGACACAAAUACUUAUUUUCCACCAUCAUUUGCAAAUAAAUUCAUAAAAAAUCCUACAAUGUGAUUUUCUGGAUUUAUUUUUUUCAUUUUGUCUGUCAUAGUUGACGUGUACCUAUGCUGAAAAUUACAGGCCUCUCUCAUCUUUUUAAGUGGGAGAACUUGCACAAUUGGUGGCUGACUAAAUAAUUUUUUUUCCCCACUGUAUGUGGUGAAGAUACUGUUUAGGUUAAACAUUGCAUUUCCCCAAGGACCUUUUUAGAGAAGUUUUUAUAUAGAUAAGAGUUUUCAAUUAGAGGGCCUACGGGAAAUUGAAAGGCAGCAACAACAAAAAAAGGAAGCAUGGUUUAUAGCCAUCCAUGCUUCACUGCACAGUACUUCGUACUUUGAAGCAAGGCUAUGGAUUGACCAUUUAAUUUAAUGCUGAAUAUAUGAAUAUUAACUCUGGCUCCUCCCCUUUUGCCUCCUUGUCCGUCCCAAUCCACCAUAGAGUCAACGCCCCAGGCCUUCGGCAUACUGCUGUCGCAGGUGAUCUCUAAUGAUCGCGCCCACAAGCAGCGUCAGGAGCCCCAGCGCGAGGAGCACCGUGACCCCAGUGACCUUGUGUCCUCCCUGCUACACCUCCCCUCCCGGAAGGGCACCAAAGACAAGGAGCUGUCCAGCAGCAACUCGUCUCUCAGCUCCACGUCUGAGACGGCCAGCGAGUUGCCCUCGCCCAACAUGCCCGAGGCAGCGCCACACACCCGCAGGAGGGUAGGUGGCUGUUCUAACAAGCCUAUAGGAUGAGUCUGAAUAUAUUCUGUUAUAUCCACACCAACCUGUUCAUAUCACUUGAUGGGCAGAGGUAGAAAUACUGCUGGCCAGGCUCCCACUUCAUUUCAAUGUAUGCCAUCCACUUAGGGAAAGUUCGGGAAAGUAUUCAGACCCCUUCCCUUUUUUUCCACCUUUUGUUACGUUGCAGCCUUAUUUCUAAAAAUGUGUUACAUAAACAUUUUCCUCAUCAAUCUACACACAAUACCCCAUAAUGACAAAAGCGAAAACAGGUUUUUAGAAAUGUUUGCAUAUUUUACCGAAGGCACUUCGUCAAAGGACUGAUUAUAGGGUCUGAAUACUUAUGUAAAUGUAAUAUUUCAUUUUUUAUUUUAUUUGUAAUACAUUUCCAAAAACCUGUUUUUUGCUUUGGUAUUGUGGGUAAAUUCCUGAGGGGAGGAAAAAAACAAUUUUAUCCAUUUUAAAAUAAGGCUGUAACGUAACAAAAUGUGGAAAAAGUGAAAGGGGUCUGAAUACCUUCCCGAAUGCAUUGUGUAUAUAAUCCAUCAUUCCAUGCCAUGCACUCGAUGCUAUGCUAGUUGCCAUAUGCUAUCCAUCACUUCUCCAUAUUGCCGUACUGUACUCACUCAACCCUGUGUCUGUGUAUCUGGCAGGGAGGAGUGUCUGUGGAUUGCAUCACUGACCUGGAUGACAAUCAGUCUCGCCUGCUGGAGGCCCUGCAGCUGUCCCUACCAGCCGAGACGCCCAGCAACAAGCAGAAGCAGAGGGACAAGAAGCUCAGCCUCAACCCCAUCUACAGACAGGUUCCCAGGGUAGUGGAGAACUGCUGCCUGCACCUGGAGAAAUAUGGUACGGAUACAGUACUGCCGUCAUUCUUCAAAAAAGUCGUACAUUUUUUACAGUCUUACGCAUAUUUGGGUCCGAUUCACAGUUGAGAUAAGCACCGACAACACAGACUUUCACAUAAGUCAGUCACUGAAGUCAAUGGAGGAUAUGAUUUGCCGAGGAUUUUUUUUUAUCGUGAGUUGAGUUUAUGUACACGUUUUCCCUGUUGGUGUCACAGCAGAUUUGCCCUUCUAUUUCUCCAUGUAAUUUAGGUCUACAGACGGUUGGCAUCUUCCGUGUAGGAAGCUCAAAGAAGAGAGUACGGCAGGUAAGGUUUCUCUGGAAGAUGCCGACGAACACAUAGAUGAGGUGCUCGUCAAACACACUGUGAAAUUCCUAGUGUGUUUCUAGUGUUAACCUGUGGAGGGUGGGAUGUUGUGAUGUUGUGUCCAGCUGAGAGAGGAGUGUGACCAGGGAGUGGAAGUCCAGGUGGACGAGGCGCACAGUGUCCAUGAUGUGGCCGCGCUGCUCAAGGAGUUCCUCAGGGACAUGCCUGAACCCCUGCUGAGCAGAGAGCUCUACACCGCCUUCAUCAACACCAUGUGUAAGGAACACACACACACACACACACACACACACCCUGGCCUGGCCACACACACACACACACACACACACACACCCUGGCCUGGCCACACACACACACCCUGGCCUGGCCUGGCCACACACACACACACACACACACACACCCUGGCCUGGCCACACACACACCCUGGCCUGGCCUGGCCUGGCCCCACACAAACACACACACACACACACACCCUGGCCUGGCCACACACACACACACCCUGGCCUGGCCUGGCCCCACACAUACACACACACACACCCUGGCCUGGCCUGGCCACACACACACACACACACACACACACACACACACCCUGGCCUGGCCACACACACACACCCUGGCCUGGCCUGGCCACACACACACACACACACACACACACACACACACACACACCCUGGCCUGGCCUGGCCCCACACAAACACACACACACACACCCUGGCCUGGCCACACACACACACACACACACACACCCCUGGCCUGGCCACACACACACACACACACACACACACCCCUGGCCUGGCCACACACACACACACACACACACACCCUGGCCUGGCCUGCCCCUGGCCACACACACCCUGGCCUGGCCACACACACACACAUUAUUAAACCCAUACUUUAUGCUCACAUCUAAACCUCAUACCACAAUAUGACACACAAUCUCACCACCACACUUCACAUAGCCUUCAUCAACCCAAUGUGUGAAGGGUUUAGUUACACAUAAAGUAGUUUGUUAUUAAGAAAACGAGGAAAUGUAUAUAUAUAUAUUUAUAUUUACAGUGAGGGGAAAAGUAUUUGAUCCCCUGCUGAUUUUGUACAUUUGCCCACUGACAAAGAAAUGAUCAGUCUAUAAUUUUAAUGGUAGGUUUAUUUGAACAGUGAGAGACAGAAUAACAACAUAAAUAUCCAGAAAAACACAUGUCAAAAAUGUUAUAAAUUGAUUUGCAUUUUAAUGAGGGAAAUAAUUAUUUGACCCCUCUGCAAAACAUGACUUAGUACUUGGUGGCAAAACCCUUGUUGGCAAUCACAGAGGUCAGACGUUUCUUGUAGUUGGCCACAAGGUUUGCACACAUCUCAGGAGGGAUUUUGUUCCACUCCUCUUUGCAGAUCUUCUCCAAGUCAUUAAGGUUUCGAGGCUGACGUUUGGCAACUCGAACCUUCAGCUCCCUCCACAGAUUUUCUAUGGGAUUAAGGUUUGGAGACUGGCUAGGCCACUCCAGGACCUUAAUGUGCUUCUUCUUGAGCCACUCCUUUGUUGCCUUGGCCGUGUGUUUUGGGUCAUUGUCAUGCUGGAAUACCUAUCCACGACCCAUUUUCAAUCCCCUGGCUGAGGGAAGGAGGUUCUCACCCAACAUUUAACGGUACAUGGCCCCGUCCAUCGUCCCUUUGAUGCGAUGAAGUUGUCCUGUCCCCUUAGCAGAAAAACACCCCCAAAGCAUCAUGUUUCCAACUCCAAGUUUGACGGUGGGGAUGGUGUUCGUCAUAGGCAGCAUUCCUCCUCCUCCAAACACGGCGAGUUGAGUUGAUGCUCCAUUUUGGUCUCAUCUGACCACAACACUUUCACCCAGUUCUCCUCUGAAUCAUUCAGAUGUUCAUUGGCAAACUUCAGACGGGCAUGUAUAUGUGCUUUCUUGAGCAGGGCGACCUUGCGGGCGCUGCAGGAUUUCAGUCCUUCACGGCGUAGUGUGUUACCAAUUGUUUUCUUGUUGACUAUGGUCCCAGCUGCCUUGAGAUCAUUGACAAGAUCCUCCCGUGUAGUUCUGGGCUGAUUCCUCACCGUUCUCAUGAUCAUUGCAAUGAGAUGAGAUCUUGCAUGGAGCCCCAGGCCGAGGGAGAUUGACAGUUAUUUUGUGUUUCUUCCAUUUGCGAAUAAUUGCACCAACUGUUGUCACCUUCUCACCAAGCUGCUUGGUGAUGGUCGUGUAGCCCAUUCCAGCCUUGUGUAGGUCUACAAUCUUGUCCCUGACAUCCUUGGAGAGCUCUUUGGUCUUGGCCAUGGUGGAGAGUUUGGAAUCUGAUUGAUUGCUUCUGUGGACAGAUGUCUUUUAUACAGGUAACAAGCUGAGAUUAGGAGCACUCCCUUUACGAGUGUGCUCCUAAUCUCAGCUCGUUACCUGUAUAAAAGACACCUGGGAGCCAGAACUCUUUCUGAUUGAGAGGGGGUCAAAUACUUAUUUCCCUCAUUAAAAUGCAAAUCAAUUUAUAAAAUUUUUGUCAUGCGUUUUUCUGGAAUGUUUUGUUGUUAUUCUGUCUCUCACUGUUCAAAUAAACCUACCAUUAAAAUUAUAGACUGACCAUGUCUUUGUCAGUGGGCAAACGUACAAAAUCAGCUUCAUCUAAUACUUUUUUCCCUCACUGUAUAUACUUCACACAACUGAUUCCUAUACCGUCUGUAGUGAGUUGAAAUGUGUCUGUGAGGAUGAGAGUGAGUUGUGUUUGUCCUCCUCUCCAGUACUGGACCAUCCAGACCAGGAGAGCACCAUCCAGCUGCUGGUGUAUCUGCUGCCACCCUGCAACAGUGACACCCUGCAACGCCUCCUGGAGUUCCUGGCCACGGUGACCACACACGCAGAGGACAGACAGGACAGGGACGGACAUGAGGUGAGGAAUGGAGGACAGGAGGACAGGACAGGAGGACAGGACAGGAGGACAGGACAGGGAAAGACAUGAGGUGAAGACAGGAGGAGAGGACAGCCAGGACAGCCAGGACAGGGAUGGAUAUGAAGCGAGGAAUGGAGGACAGGACAGGAGGACAGGACAGGUGGGCCGGACAGCCAGGACAGGACAGGAGGACAGGACAGCCAGGACAGGACAGCAGGACAGGGAUGGACAUGAGGUGAGGACAGGAGGACAGGACAGAAGGACAGGACAGCCAGGACAGGGACGGACAUAAGGUGAGGCAGGAGGACAGGAUGACAGGACAGGAGGACAGGACAGGCAGAACAGCCAGGACAGGGAUGGACAUGAGGUGAGGACAGGACAAGACAGCCAGGACAAGACAGCCAGGACGGACAUGAGGUGAGGCAGUACAGGAGGACAGGACAGCCAGGACAGGUAAUUAGGUCAGGACAUUAGGUCAGGACAUUAGGUCAGGACAUAAGGACAGGACAGGAGGACAGGACAGCCAGGACAGGACAGCCAGGACGGGGAUGGACAUGAGGUGAGGACAGGGACGGACAUGAGGUGAGGAAUGGAAAGGACAGGACAGGGACGGACAUGAGGUGAUGACAGGACAAGAGGACAGGACAGAGAUGGACAUGAGGUGAGGCAGGAGGACAGGACAGGACAGGACAGCCAGGACAGGGACGGACAUUAUGUGAGGACAGGAGGACUGGACAGCCAGGACAGGGACGGACAUGAGGUGAUGACAGGUCAAGAGGACAGGACAGAGAUGGACAUGAGGUGAGGCAGGAGGACAGGACAGGACAGCCAAGACAGAGACUGACAUGAGGUGAGGACAGGACAGGAGGCCAGGACAGCCAGGACAGGAGGACUGGACAGCCAGGACAGGGACGGACAUGAGGUGAUGACAGGACAAGAGGACAGGACAGAGAUGGACAUGAGGUGAGGCAGGAGGACAGGACAGGACAGCCAAGACAGAGACUGACAUGAGGUGAGGACAGGACAGGAGGCCAGGACAGCCAGGACAGGAGGACUGGACAGCCAGGACAGGGACGGACAUGAGGUGAUGACAGGACAAGAGGACAGGACAGAGAUGGACAUGAGGUGAGGCAGGAGGACAGGACAGGACAGGACAGGACAGCCAGGACAGGGACGGACAUUAUGUGAGGACAGGAGGACUGGACAGCCAGGACAGGGACGGACAUGAGGUGAGGACAGGACAAGAGGACAGGACAGAGAUGGACAUGAGGUGAGGCAGGAGGACAGGACAGGACAACAGGACAGGACAACAGAACAGCCAGGACAGGGACGGACAUGAUGUGAGGACAGGAGGACAGGAGAGGACAGGACAGCCAGGACAGGGACGGACAUGAGAUGAGGACAGGACAGCCAGGACAGGACAGCCAGGACCGGGAUGGACAUGAGGUGAGGACAGGACCGGAGGACAGGACAGGAGGACAGGACAGCCAGGACAGGGAUAGACAUGAGGAAUGGACCGGACAGGAGGACAGGAAGACAGGACAUGAGGACAGCCAGGACAGGGACGGACAUGAGGUGAGGAAUGGACAGGGCAGGACAGGACGACUGGAGGACGGGGCAGAGCAGGACAGGAUCGGAGGUCAGUAGUGUAAUUAAUUCGCUCAAGUCCUUUUCUCAUUUUGUCUGGGAUCAACUUUCAAGGAUGAAUGUUGUAGUAGGUCAUGAAUCAUAUUCAUCUAUCGAAAUACUGCUAUCAUUUUACAUUACAGCACGGACUACAUUGUUAUUAAUAAUAAUAAAUAAUAAUAUGCCAUUUAGCAGACGCUUUUAUCCAAAGCGACUUACAGUCAUGCGUGCAUAAAUGUUUUGUGUAUGGGUGGUCCCGGGGAUCGAACCCACUCCCUGGCGUUACAAGCGCCGUUCUCUACCAGCUGAGCUACUAUUAACAUGCUAGUAAGUGGAGUACAUGUGAAGGAUCCCUUUUACAUUCUGAUGUAACAAAUUGACAGACAUAUCUUUAUUCAUGUUGACAAGGGCGGCAUAAGUGCAUAUUCAUUCCCACACUCCUCUGUUUGAAUAUGUAUACACCUCUCUGUGUAAGACAUCAGAAGCCUUCAAGUCAGCCAUGUGAAUUAAUUAUUUUCCAUUGCUACCAUAAUCAUCAUUUAUAAAAAAACAACAAAAAAAAACAACAUCUGUAUAAUGACUGCUUAUCCAUGUUAAUUCUUCAUUCAACUUAAAGAAAGACCAGAAAGUCGUCUGAGGUUUUGUAUUCAGCGUUACCUUGACUAAUCCUUCAGGUUAACCCAACUUUCAGCAUAAUCCUGAAAUGUUUCAUGUAACCACAAAAGGUCAGAGGAAAAUGUAUUGCUAACAAUCACGUACUUGGCCUGUGAGGUUGUGGGGCUGCUGGCCAGACAGCCAGAAUGAGAUCAAUUCAGGCUUCAUUAUCCUGUUAUUACUGGGGGUUUCGUGACGAUGCAUAACAAACUGCUCGUAUCCUACCGAGCAGAAGGAGCGCAUGUUUGCCUGUACUGGCAGGAGAGCAUCUCAGAAAGGUGUGUGUGUGUGUGUGUGUGUGUGUGUGUGUGUGUGUGUCCUCAUUGUCAAAACUGCUGUCUUUUAGAUUACAGGGAACAAGAUGACAUCACUCAACUUGGCCACCGUCUUUGGGCCCAACCUUCUACACAAGCAGAAGAGCUCAGACAAGGAGUUUGCCGUCCAGAGUUUUGCCCGCGCCGAGGAGAGCACAGCCAUCAUUGGCGUGGUACAGUGCAUGAUCACCACGUAUGAGACCCUCUUCAUGGUAAGCUCUCGCCUUACGGAAAACACUAUAACAUGGCACACACAUAUAGCGUUUAUCACACUAGAUAGAGGACAGAGUAAAACAUUGGCAGAGCUGACAAACAAUUUGAAGAAUUGUGUUUAGGGGACUUCUCAUGGUUAAAGGGAUACUUCUGGAUUUUGGCAAUGAGGCCUGUUAUCUAUUUCCCCAUGGAUUCAAUUUUUAAGAAGGAAAGGGGUAGUUUCGCACGUCAGUGCUAACUAGCGUUAGCGCAAUGACUCGACGCUUGCUAGCAGAUACCAUAGACUUCCGGUCAUCGCGGUAACGCUACUCUAGUUAGCCAUUGCACUAGCUCUAGUUAGGAACUUCCUUCAAACUGCACGCGGAGACAAAACAAUGGUAACCACAAGUUCAUCUGACUCUGGGGAAGUAGAUAAAGGGUCUCAUUGCCAAAAUCCUGAAGUAUUCAUGUAAUAGUGGCUCCAUCUAAUGAAAUGUAAACAUGAGCUUUAUACGUUUUUCGAGAAGGCCUAAGCCUCAUAAAACCAAGCUCCACAGAGAAGAUAAUAAACUCAAGCCAUUGUUUUCCACUCCUGUACGGGUCCAUGUUAGGUCCAGGAAAAGAAGGACCAUGGAUUGGGACAGACUGAUUUACAGUGUCUUUACAGUUUCUUUCUGGACCAAGCUCUAUUUUUCUUAAAGGGAAAAUCCUCAGUUGAAACAAUAACAAAGCAUACACCCCCGCCUCUGUUUUGGUGAAAAGUUGAGGGAUGGGCCUGGAGAAAUGUAAUCACUCUUAAAUUCAUAGACAAAGCUAUUGACGCAUGGACUGACCACUCAAUAUAUCAAAAGUAUAGUUUUAAGCAUAUUUUGAGGGUAUACACCCCCAUGUUUGCUUACAGUGCAAUCAAAGUAUUCAGACCCCUUGACUUUUUCCAUAUUUUGUUACGUUACAGCCUUAUUCUAAAAUUGAUUAAAUAGUUUUUUCCCCCUCUAUACACACAAUAUCGCAUAAUGACAAAGCAAAGAAAUGUUUCUAUACAUUUUUGCAAAUGUAUUAAAAAUAAAACACUGAAAUCACAUUUACAUAAGUAUUCAGACCCUUUACUCAGUACUUUGUUGAAGCACCUUUCGCAGCGAUUACAGCCUUGAGUCUUCUUGGGUAUGACGCUUCAAGCUUGGCACAGCUUUAUUUGGGGAGAUUCUACCAUUCUUCUCUGCAUAUCCUCUCAAACUCUGUCAGGUUAGAUGGGGAGCGUUGCUGCACUGCUAUUUUCAGGUCUCUCCAGAGAUGAUAGAUGGGUUCAAGUCUGGGCUCUGGCUGGGCCACUCAAGGACAUUCAGAGACUUGUCCCGAAGCCACUCCUGCAUUGUCUUGGCUGUGUGCUUAGGGUCGUUGUCCUGUUGGAAGGUGAACAUUCGCCCCAGUCUGAGGUCCUGAAUGCUCUAGAGCAGGUUCUCUCUGUACUCUGCUCUGUUCAUAUUUCCCUAGAACCUGACUAGUCUCCCAGUCCCUGCCCCUGAAAUAUUUCCCCACAGCAUGAUGCUGCCAACACCAUUAUUCACCGUAGGGAUGGUGCCAGGUUUCCUCCAGACGUGACUCUUGGCAUUCAGGCCAAAGAGUUCAAUCUUGGUUUCAUCAGACCAGAGAAUCUUGUUUCUGAUGGUCUGAGAGUCCUUUAGGUGCCUUUUGGCAAACUCCAAGUGGGCUGUCAUGUGCCUUUUACUGAGGAGUGGAUUCCGUCUGGCCACUCUACCACAAAGGCCUGAUUGGGUGAGUGCUGCAGAGAUGGUUGUCCUUCUGGAAUGUUCUCCCAUCUCCACAGAGGAACUCUGGAGCUCUGUCAGAGGGACCAUCUCAGUCUUGGUCAACUCCCUGACCAAGGCCCUUCUCCCCCGAUUGCUCAGUUUGGCCGGGCGGCCAGCUCUGGGUAGAGUCUUGGUGGUUCCAAACUUCUUCCAUUUAGGAAUGUUGGAGGCCACUGUGUUCUUAGUGAUGGACCUUCAAUGCUGCAGAAAUUGUUUUGGUAACCUUCCCCAGAUUUGUGCCUCGACAAAAUCCUGCCUCUGAGCUUUACGGACAAUUCCUUUGACCUCAUGGCUUGGUUUUUGCUCUGACAUGCACUGUCAACUGUGGGACCUUUAUAUAGACAGGUGUGUGCCUUUCCAAAUCAUGUCCAAUCAAUUGAAUUUACCACAGGUGGACUCCAAUCAAGUUGUAGAAACAUCUCAAGGAUGACCAAUGGAAACAGGAUGCAGCUGAGCUCAAUUUCGAGUCUCAUUGCAAAGUGUCUGAAUACAUAUGUAAAUAAAAAUAAAUAAAUUAGCAACAUUUUCUAAACCUGUUUUCGCUUUGUCAUUAUGGGGUUUUGUGUGUAGAUUGAUGAGGAAAAAAAUCUAAUUUAAUGCAUUUUAAAAUAAGGCUUUAACGUAACUACAUGAGGAAAAAGGGAAGGGGUCUGAAUAAUUUCAGAAUGCACUGUAUAUCACAAAUAAAAUGCAGGACUAACCCGCACAAUCUGGGACAUGUGGUCACCCUAGAUAGAUUGCCUCAGACUAUGCCAUGAUGACUCACCCCAUGUGAAAUUGAGUUAGAUGUGAUAAGAUUUAAUUUGACAGACUGCUAAGAUUUGUAUACUGAUAAAAAAUAUAAAUGCAACAUGUAAAGUGUUGGUCCCAUGUUUCAUGAGCUGAAAUAAAAGAUCCCAGAAAUUGUAUUUCUCUCCAAUUUUGUGCACAAAUUUGUUUACAUCUCUGUUAGUGAGCUUUUCUCCUUUGCCAAGAUAAUCCAUCCACCUGACAGGUGUGGCAUAUCAAGAAGUUGAUUAAACAGCAUGAUCAUUACACAGGUGCACCUUGUGCUGGGGACAAUAAAAGGCCACUCUAAAAUGUGCAGUUUUGUUAUACAACACAAUGCCACAGAUGUCUCAUGUUUUGAGGAAGCGUGCAAUUGGCAUGCUGACUGCAGGAAUGUCCACCAGAGCUGUUGCCAGAGAAUUGAGUGUUCAUUUCUCUACCAUAAGCUGCGCCAACGUUGUUUUAGAGAAUUUGGCAGCACAUCCAACUGGCCUCACAACCACAGAUGAUGUGUAUGGCGUCGUGUGGGUGAGCGGUUUGCUGAUGUCAAUAUUGUGAACAGAGUGCCCCAGAUGGGUGGCGGUAGGGUUAUGGUAUGGGCAGGCAUAAACUACAGACAGCAAACACAAUUGCAUUUUAUCGAUAGCAAUUUGAAUGCACAGAGAUUCCAUAACGAGAUACUGAGACCCAUUGUGGUGCCAUUCAUCCUCUGCCAUCACCUCAUGUUUCAGCAUGAUAAUGCACGGCACAUAUCAAGGAUCUGUACACAAUUCCUGGAAACUGAGAAUGUCCCAGUUCUGCAUACUCACCAUACAUGUCACCCAUUGAGCAUGUUUGGGAUGCUCUGGAUCGACAGCAUGUUCCAGUUCCUGCCAAUAUCCAGCAACUUCUCACAGCCAUUGAAGAGAAGUCGGACAACAUUCCACAGGCCACAAUCAACAGCCUGAUCAACUCUAUGCGAAGGAGAUGUGGUGCGCUGCAUGAGGCACAUGGUGGUCACACUAGAAACUGACUGGUUUUGUGAUCCAUGCCCCUACAUUUUACAUUUUAGUUAUUUAGCAGACGCUCUAAUCCAGAGCGACUUACAGUUAGUGAGUGCAUACAUUUUCAUACUGGCCCCCGUGGGAAACAAACCCACAACCCUGGCGUUGCAAGUGCCAUGCUCUACCAACUGAGCUACAGGAGACUAUACAAUUUCUUUAAGGUAUCUGUGAUCAACAGAUGCAUAUUUGUAUUCCAAGUCAUGUGAAAUCCAUAGAUUAGGGCCUAAUGAAUGUGUUUCAAUUGACUGAUUUCCUUAUGAACUGUAACUCAGUAAAAUCUUGGAAAUUGUUGCGUUUAUAUUUUUGUUCAGUAUAUUUUUGUAUCUGAUGGGGUACGACCGUUGAACUUAGCUCAUGAGGCAUUUAUAAGUUAUAUUCUUCAAGAAUCAAUGUCAUUAAUUUGAUAAGUCCAAAAAUAGAUGGAAUAGGUAUAGUAUAACCUAGCUCUAUUUUUCUUAACCUUAGUCUGUGGGAUCUUUCAACACUAAACCAUUUUUGCCUGUCUCACAACGACCCUUACCCAUUCCAUUGCAUUGCUUAAUCUAAGAUAUAUAUAUAUAUAUAUAUAUACACAGUGCUAUGAAAAAGUAUUUGCCCCCUUUCUAAUUUUCUCUACUUUUGCAUAUUUGUGAUACUGAAUGUUAUCAGAUCUUCAACCAAAAUAUAAUAUUAGAUAAAGGGAACAUAAGUGAACAAAUAACACAACAAUUACAUACAGUGGGGAGAACAAGUAUUUGAUACACUGCCGAUUUUGCAGGUUUUCCUACUUACAAAGCAUGUAGAGGUCUGUAAUUUGUAUCAUAGCUACACUUCAACUGUGUGAGACGGAAUCUAAAACAAAAAUCCAGAAAAUCACAUUGUAUGAUUUUUAUGUAAUUAAUUUGCAUUGUAUUGCAUGACAUAAGUAUUUGAUACAUCAGAAAAGCAGAACUUAAUAUUUGGUACAGAAACCUUUGUUUGCAAUUACAGAGAUCAUACGUUUCCUGUAGGUCUUGACCAGGUUUGCACACACUGCAGCAGGGAUUUUGGCCCAUUCCUCCAUACAGACCUUCUCCAGAUCCUUCAGGUUUCGGGGCUGUCGCUGGGCAAUACAGACUUUCAGCUCCCUCCAAAUAUUUUCUAUUGGGUUCAGGUGUGGAGACUGGCUAGGCCACUACAGGACCUUGAGAUGCUUCUUACGGAGCCACUCCUUAGUUGCACUGGCUGUGUGUUUCGGGUCGUUGUCAUGCUGGAAGACCCAGCCACAAACCAUCUUCAAUGCUCUUACUGAGGGAAGGAGGUUGUUGGCCAAGGUCUCGCGAUACAUGGCCCCAUCCAUCCACCCCUCAAUACGGUGCAGUCGUCCUGUCCCCUUUGCAGAAAAGCAUCCCCAAAGAAUGAUGUUUCCACCUCCAUGCUUCACGGUUGGGAUGGUGUUCUUGGGGUUGUACUCAUCCUUCUUCUUCCUCCAAACACGGCGAGUGGAGUUUAGACCAAAAAGCUAUAUUUUUGUCUCAUCAGACCACAUGACCUUCUCCCAUUCCUCCUCUGUAUCAUCCAGAUGGUCAUUGGCAAACUUCAGACGGGCCUGGACUUGCGCUGGCUUGAGCAGAGGGACCUUGCGUGCGCUGCAGGAUUUUAAUCCAUGACGGCGUAGUGUAUUACUAAUGGUUUUCUUUGAGACUGUGGUCCCAGCUCUCUUCAGGUCAUUGAACAGGUCCUGCCAUGUAGUUCUGGGCUGAUCCCUCACCUUCCUCAUGAUCAUUGAUGCCCCACAAGGUGAGAUCUUGCAUGGAGCCCCAGACCGAGGGUGAUUGACCGGUUGGUAGGUGAUCAAAUACUUAUGUCAUGCAAUAAAAUGCAAAUUAAUUACUUAAAAAUCAUACAAUGUGAUUUUCUGGAUUUUUGUUUUAGAUUCCAUCUCUUUUUUUUUUUUUUUUUUUUUUACCUUUAUUUAACCAGGUAAGCCAGUUGAGAACAGGUUCUCAUUUACAACUGCGACCUGGCCAAGAUAAAGCAUAGUAGUGCAAUAAAACAACAACACAGAGUUACAUAUGGGGUAAAAAACAUAAAGUCAGAAAUACAACAGAAAAUAUAUAUACAGUGUGUGCAAAUGUAGCAAGUUAUGGAGGUAAGGCAAUAAAUAGGCUAUAGUGCAGAAUAAUUACAAUAGUAUUAACACUGGAAUGCUAGAUGUGCAAGAGAUUAUGUGCAAAUAGAGAUACUGGGGUGCAAAUGAGCAAAAUAAAUAACAAUAUAGGGAUGAGGUAGUUGGGUGGGCUAAUUUCAGAUGGGCUGUGUACAGGUGCAGUGAUCGGUAAGGUGCUCUGACAACUGAUGCUUAAAGUUAUUGAGGGAGAUAAGAGUCUCCAGCUUCAGAGAUUUUUGCAAUUCGUUCCAGUCAUUGGCAGCAGAGAACUGGAAGGAAUGGCGGCCAAAGGAGGUGUUGGCUUUGGGAAUGACCAGUGAGAUAUACCUGCUGGAGCGCAGACUACGGGUGGGUGCUGCUAUGGUGACCAAUGAGCUAAGAUAAGGCGGGGAUUUGCCUAGCAGUGAUUUAUAGAUGGCCUGGAGCCAGUGGGUUUGACGACGAACAUGUAGUGAGGACCAGCCAACAAGAGCGUACAGGUCACAGUGGUGGGUAGUGUAUGGGGCUUUGGAGACAAAACGGAUGGCACUGUGAUAGACUACAUCCAAUUUGCUGAGUAGAGUGUUGGAGGCUAUUUUGUAAAUGACAUCGCCGAAGUCAAGGAUCGGUAGGAUAGUCAGUUUUACGAGGGCAUGUUUGGCAGCAUGAGUGAAGGAGGCUUUGUUGCGAAAUAGGAAGCCGAUUCUAGAUUUAACUUUGGAUUGGAGAUUCUUUAUGUGAGUCUGGAAGUUGAGUUUACAGUCUAACCAGACACCUAGGUAUUUGUAGUUGUCCACAUACUCUAGGUCAGACCCGUCGAGAGUGGUGAUUCUAGUCGGGUGGGCGGGUGCCAGCAGCGUUCGAUUGAAAAGCAUGCAUUUAGUUUUACUAGUGUUUAAGAGCAGUUGGAGGCUACUGAAGGAUUGUUGUAUGGCAUUGAAGCUCGUUUGGAGGUUUGUUAACACAGUGUCCAAUGAAGGGCCAGAUGUAUACAAAAUGGUGUCGUCUGCGUAUCUCUCACAGUUGAAGUGUACCUAUGAUAAAAAUUACAGACCUCUACAUGCUUUGUAAGUAGGAAAACCUGCAAAAUCGGCAGUAAAUCAAAUACUUGUUCUCCCCACUGUAUUUAUUUCAUAAACAAAGUUCUCACGUCGCUGUGAAGGAAUUUUUGCCCACUCUUCCAUGCAGAACUGCUUUAACUCAGUGAAGUGUGGGUUUUCAAGCAUGAACUGCUCGUUUCAAGUCCUGCCACAACAUCUCAAUUGGGAUUAGGUCUGGACUUUGACCAGGCCAUUCCAAAACUUCCAAUUUGUUGCUUUCUAGCAAUUUUCAUGUAGACUUGAUUGUGUGUUUUGGAUCAUUGUCUUGCUGCAUGACCCAGCUGAGCUUCAGCUUCAGCUCACAGAUGGAGGGCGAGAUGGGUUCCAUUAUGCCUGGCGAAAACCAAACACUGAAUUCCACAGUAAGAACAUCAUACCAAAGGUCAAGCAUGGUGGUGGUGGUGUGAUGGUUUGGGGAUGCUUUGCUGCCUCAGAACCUGGACAACUUGCCUUAAUAGAAGGAACCAUGAAUUCUGCUCUGUAUCAGAUAAUUCUACAGGAGAAUGUCAGACCAUCCGUCUGUGAGCUGAAGCUGAAGCGCAGCUGGGUCAUGCAGUAAGACAAUGAUCCAAAACACACAAUCAAGUCUACAUGAAAAUUGCUAAAAAGCAACAAAUUGGAAGUUUUGGAAUGGCCUGGUCAAAGUCCAGACCUAAUCCCAAUUGAGAUGUUGUGGCAGGACUUGAAACGAGCAGUUCAUGCUUGAAAACCCACACGUCACUGAGUUAAAGCAGUUCUGCAUGGAAGAGUGGGCCAAAAUUCCUCCACAGCGAUGUGAGAGACUGAUCAACAACUACAGGAAGCAUUUGGUUGGAGUCAUUGCAGCUAAAGGUGGCACAACCAGUUAUUGAGUGUAAGGGGGCAAUUACUUUUUCACACAGGGGAAUUGGGUGUUGCAUAACUUUGUUUAUGAAAUAAAUGAAAUAAAUAUGUAAUUGUUGUGUUAUUUGUUCACUUAUGAAAAAAAUCUAAUAUUAGGUUUUGAUUGAAGAUCUGAUAACAUUCAGUAUCACAAAUGCAAAAGUAGAGAAAAUUAGAAAGGGGGCAAAUACUUUUUCAUAGCACUGUAUAUAUAGAUAUGAGCAUGUGUUAACCAAUGGCGCAGUAGCUUUAAACUGUACAUGAACCGCUGCAAUAUUAUCAUUCUCUUGACACAUCGUAGGAGUAGGAGACAUUCUUGCUUCAGCUCUUGUAAUUUAGUGUUUCAGAGUACAUAUUUACAUUAUCGUGUCAAUAUCUGUCUCAACAGUUGGCCUACAUCUGAACAGCUGAUGUUUAUAGUGAAGGAGUUAAGAUAUCCAGUUUAAGACAACAGAGAAUGAGAUCGAUGUACCAACUGUCAGUUCAACUGAGACGUCUAGUUAAGGAUUGUAUGUUUCUGGCCCUCCCAGGUGCCGCCUGACCUGCAGAAUGAGGUUCUAAUGAGUCUACUAGAGACGGAUCCCGACGUGGUGGAUUACCUCCUGAGGAGGAAGGCUUCUCAGCACUCGUGAGUGUGUGGCCUUUUUUGUGUGCUUAGAUAUGGACGAUUGGACAUUUUUUAUUUUUUUUUAUGUUUAGCAGACGCUCUUAUCCAGAGCGACUUACAGGAGCAAUUAGGGUUAAGUGCCUUGCUUAAGGGCAUAUCGACAGAUUUUUCACCUAGUCGACUCGGGGAUUAGAACCAGCGACCUUUACGGUUACUGGCACAACGCUCUUACCCACUAAGCUACCUGCCGCCCCAACAUGCUGUUGUGCCUCUGCCAAAUGGGCAGCAGGUAGCCUGGUGGUUAAGAGCGUAACUGAAGUGUCGCUGGUUUGAAUCCCUGAGCUGACUAGGUGAAAAAAAAUCUGCCGAUAUGCCCUUCAGAAAGGCACUUAACCCCACUUGCUCUGGAUAAGAUAACAUCUGCUACAUGACAAAAAAAAUGUAAAAAGAUCAGUGACAAUCCAGUACAGUGAUGAAUGGGUCUCUGAGAAGGUACACGACCACCACCUGGUGGUAUUGCUGUGUGGAUUCACUUCUUACCCAAACAUCAUUGUGAUGACAUAGUUUCAGUUUUCUUACCUAAACAUGAGAUACUACUGCACUGUUGGAGCUAGGAACACAAGCAUUUAGCUACACCCGCAAUAAACAUCUGUUAAAUAUGUGUAUACGACCAAUACUGUAGUUUCAUUGUGAUAACAUAUAAUUUCAGUUUUCUCCCUUCUCUGUACAUCAUGGAAGACUUUGUAACUAGGGCAAUUCGUUUUUUCCUGGUCAGGUAAUACCUGCUAUGGUACAUCUACUGGUCAUCAUAUGUCCCAUUUUUACAUACUUCAUAAAGUCUCUCUCUUCUCCUCUCCCCCUAUAGUGGCCCGCUGAGGACUGAGGAUCCCUUUUCUCUGAGGGAGAGGAGCUGCUCCAUUGACUCCAACAAGGCUUCCAGUGGGGAGUUGUCCCCCUAUGACAACAACUCUCCAGUGCUGUCGGAACGCCUGCUCUCCAAGGCCCAGGAGGACAGCAACCCCCUCUCUGAUCUGUUCAGGUUCCCGGAGCGGUUCACACUGGUUGGCCACGUCAAAGGUCAUCCCAGCAUCACCUGUCACUCACCGUCCACAGGCAAAGGUGAGCUGCCCAAUAUGGUGGAGUCGUUGGCCAUUUCAUUUCUGAAAAUAGCACUAAUAUGCUGUAUUGUAUAUGGCUACUUAGGCUGAGAAACAUGUCUUCUUUUUCCAUUAGACAUACCUGAUGAACAUGUCUGGGGUGCCUGGCAUGCCUCUCUAA